UAAUAUGGAGUUGGUCCCCCCUUUGCUGCUUUAACAGCCUCCACUCUUCUGGGAAGGCUUUCCACUAGUUGUUGGAACAUUGCUGCGGGGACUUGCUUCCAUUCAGCCAUGAGCAUUAGUGAGGUUGGGCACGGAUUAUGGACGAUUAGGCCUGGCUCGCAUUCGGCGUUCCAAUUCAUAGGGUUGAGGUCAGGGCUCUAUGCAGGCAAGUCAAGUUCUUCCACACCGAUCUCAACAAACCAUUUCUAUAUGGACCUCACUUUGUGUUCAGGGGCAUUGUCAUGCUGAAACAGGAAAGGGCCUUCCUCAAACUGUUGCCACAAAAUUGGAAGCACAGAAUUGUCUAGAAUGUCAUUGUAUGCUGUAGCGUUAAGAUUUCCCUUCACUGUAACAAAGGCGCCUAGCCCGAACCAUUAUUCCUCCUCCACCAAACUUUACAGUUGGCACUAUGCAUUGGGGCAGGUAGCGUUCUCCUGGCAUCCGCCAAACCUGGAUUCAAGCAUGAUUCAUCACUCCAGAGAAUGCAUUUCCACUGCUCCAGAGUCCAAUGGUGGUGAGCUUUACACCACUCCAGCCGACACUUGGCAUUGCGCAUGGCGAUCUUGGGUUUGUGUGCGGCUGCUUGGCCAUGGGAACUCAUUUCAUGAAACACCUGACAAACAAUUAUUUUGCUGACGUUGCUUCCAGAGGCAGUUUGGAACUCAGUGUGUGUUGCAACUGAGGACACAAUUUUUAUGCGCUACAUGCUUCAGCAUUCGGCGGUCCCAUUCUGUGGACUACCACUUCGCGGCUGAGCUGUUGUUGCUCCUAGACGUUUCCACUUCACAAUAACAGUACUUACAGUUGACUGGGGCAGCUCUACCAGGUCCGAAAUUUGAUAAACUGGCAUCCUAUUACAGUGCCAUGUUGAAAGUCACUGAGCUCUUCAUUAAGGCCAUUCUAAUGCCAAUGUUUGUCUAUGGAGAUUGCAUGGCUUUGUGCUCGAUUUUAUACACCUGUCAGCAACGGUUUUUGGCUGAAACAGCUGAAUCCACUAAUUUGAAGUGGUGUCCACAUGCUUUUGUGUCUAUAGUGUACAUUCCUGCUUAUGAACUUAAAAGAAAAGUAAAGGCAGGUUGUAAGCUGACUGGUAUAUACAAAUGUUUAUUGUGUUACUGUGAGUACACUAGUCUAAAACUGUGCACUAUUUCAGUUUAAAACUAAAUGACACAUUUUUAAAGUAGAUUUAUUUAUCUUUGAAAUGUAAUCUCAAUAAACAAAAUGAGUUCUGAUCCACAAUCAUUGUAGACUAAUCAUAACAUGUUUAGCUAUGCAUGAUAUUUUCUGACUCUCCAGGGGUGUAGAAAUUCUCAGGCUAACACAUCCUCCAGUCGCAGCAGUAGCCACAACUGGCCCAUCUCUGGCCUGCGCUGGGUGGGAGCCUCCAAGGAGCUCCUGCAUGGGGGCCUCAACCUGUUCCCCGUCAAUGACAGCGUGAGGGGACGCUGCUCCAGUCCAGAGAAGGAUGCUGAGCAGAUCGAGGAGGAACAGCUUGAAGACGAUGGUUCUGUCCAUUUCUCUGAGGGAGAGGGGAUGCCCAGGAGGUUCAGGCAUGACAGAGGAGACAUCCAGGAGGACAGGAAACUGCAGCGAUGCAGAGCUCAGCAAGCAGGGCCCAGUCCCCAGUCCCCCCCACAUAGCACUGAAAAGUUUGCUAGCUCCGGGAAACGGGUCCAAGCUGGGGCUGCCGACAGGACCUCGUCACACGAUUCGGUCAUCUCCAAAGUGCCCUUAAGACUACAGAUCAAAGUUUGCGGCCAGAGGGGCAGUCUGGGAAUCAGCAUUGCAGGAGGGAAGGGCUCUCUGCCUUACAAGGAGCGUGAUGAGGGCAUCUUUAUUUCCAGAGUGUCGAAAGGAGGGCCAUCAGAAAAGGCGGGGGUCCACAUUGGAGACAGAGUACUGGAGGUCAAUGGCCUGGACAUGCAGCAGGUCAGCCACCAUGAGGCUGUCACUGUCCUGAGGAAUGCUGGGAGCUGCAUCAAGAUGAAAGUCAUGAGGGAGAGGACUAUCCCGCGCCUCCAUGCCUGCCGGGCCCAGCAGGAAAGCACUGUUGCCGUCACCGCGGAGACUGACAUUCUCAUGAGCUGGCAGCUUGUUGACCUGGAGGAUGGACGCCAGCGACCCAAGGCCAAGCAGCCAGGUUCGGAGCCCUCUGUGGAUUGUGACCUGACCAAGAGGAUUGCGGCUGGAAUCUGUAACGGCAAUGGAGGGUCUGAUCUGCAGAGCGAUCUUAAUUGGUCCUUCUUAAAACGAGAACCGGAGGUCUCGUUUAAAAGCAAUGCACUUCAAGUGUUGAAAAAUACCAUGACGAUACCUCGGAUUAUCCUCACCCACCCCUCCACCUCAGACGAGGAUGUAGAGCCCUUGACACAGGACCCUGGCAGUGAGCCAUUCGAGGACUUUGAAGAUCCUGACAGCCACAUCCACUCUGAGUGCUUUAACAGUGCGCUCUAUCCCCCCUGACCACAUAACUAAAGUUUGCAAUGUUGAAAACAACUGACUUGUUAUCCACAAUCCACUGGGCACAGAUGUUCAACGUGUAGUUUUGAUUUACAUUUGGUUGAGUUGUAAAAUCAACAAAAAAUGUCACCAUGUCAUUGGAUUUAGGUUAAGAGUUGGGUGAAAAAAAUAAGAAAUUCCCUUAAGUUGAUGACUUUUUCCAAUCAGUUUUCCACAUUGAUUGAACGUCAACAUAUUACAUUUUUUUGGUUGAAAUGAUGUGCGAACUGUCUUUCUCCUGUCUUUUGUAUAGAUUGACUUGUUUAAAAAAUGAUAUUCCAGCUAAAGAUUUGUUUACAUGAUUAAGAAACUAGUAAAAAUGUCCUUGCACUGCUAUUUUGGGAUGAUUUACACCACUGUUUUGUUGAAUUAAUGUUGAUGGCUGCUACAGUAAAUGUUAAGACCAUGGCAGGAAUUAACUCAUUAACUUGUGCCAAAACUCUUUGUUUUGGCACAACAAUAGACUUGUUUUGCAUUGCAUCAGCCAUGUGGGAGACCAACCACAAUGAAUCAAGACAAAAAUAGUAUUGUUACACUCCAGCUUCUCUGUUUCUGAAAGGGAGAUUCACAAAACAAAUGAUAGUUAUUUAGAGGAAAAAUAUCUGUACGACACUUAAAAUCUGUUGUGCACUUUCAAUUUAGAGGUUUGUGUUCAGUUGGGCAAAGUGUUAUUCUUCUAGCUACCUCUACCAAUGAGCCACUGAAGCAGAUGUUUUGGCAAAUGUUAUGCCCCCCUAGCCACGAGAGAGAUGUCCUUUUACUCUCCCCAAUAGGAGCUUAGAUAAAAUGUCACAUGAGUGACUAUACAGUGGGUGUGUCCUUGCCGAGGCUCUGGAGACAGUCUGAACCCUGACCCCCUUCUCCUAACACCUGCAACCCAAUGCUGUCUUUUCACCUGGUGGAAAUAUUUCUAAUGUAUGAAAGGCCAGUCAGUCUAAUGUCAUAACCUCUUAAUACUUCUAUACUGGUCUGAGUCACUCGGAAAGGAGUAUUUCAUGUAGUAGUUGUAGUGAUGUCUUCAAAUGUACUUUGAAUUAAGAGAGUGUGAUGUUGCGAAACAGAUAGCAAAUCAAUUGAUUUCACACUUCUCAGGUUUGAUGCCUCACCAAUGCCUUUGGUAUUCUCACCACCGUGUGUACACGAUGGCCACUUCUAAUGUUAUUUCUAAAAAAUUGUGUAUGAAGACUCUCGCCUGAGAGAAUAUUCUUGCUUACUCUUCAGUCCACGCUGAAAAGCACCAAUGUUCAGGUUAUGAUAUGUCAGUUGCGACAUAAAUCAUUCUCGGCAGCAAAGCAAUAAACCUCAGUCUUCCUUAACAUUAUUCCAUCAAGUCUCUGCUGUCGCUGAAAGGUAACAUUAGUAUACCAGCAGAGGAGAGGCUUAUUGUGGCGAUAAUGAAAGAUUUAUGUUGUGCCCACAUUUUCUGCAAGAAUCUUAGCCAGAGUUUUUAGUUAUGCAUUGCCUCUGAAUAAACAUACCUUGUUUACUGAUUCCAAUCUGUGUAAAAAUCAAAGAAAGAAUUGUACUUAACUGGAUACCUGCUACUGUACUAGAAUGUGGAACACUUUAGACCUCACUUUCCUUGUAAGAUAUGAUUUUAUUUUGUUCAUUCUCACCUUUCUUAUAUUGCCAAAUACUUAA